UCGCGGCUUAGCCUGCUCCUCUCCGUCUCUAGGGUUUGAGAUUUUAGCCGCCGCCGCAGCUCAUCUCACUUCCCCGAGAAGUCGCAGCCGACGACGUACUCCUCGCCGAUACGAUGGCCGUCUUCUCCGACCUCCACACCGCCGACGGCCUCAAGACCCUGGAGGCGCACCUAGCGGGCAAGACCUAUGUUUCAGGUGAUGCGAUCACUAAGGAUGACAUUAAGGUCUUUGCUGCGGUGCCAUCAAAGCCUGGCGCUGAGUUUCCUAAUGCUGCCCGCUGGUACGAGACCAUCUCUGCGGCUGUAGCCUCAAGAUUCCCUGGUAAGCCUGUUGGUGUAAAUCUGCCUGCGGGAUCAGCUCCUGCAGCAGCUGCUCCUGCUGCUGAGGCUGAGGAUGAUGAUGACCUUGAUCUUUUCGGGGAUGAAACCGAGGAGGACAAGAAGGCUGCUGAUGAGCGUGCCGCUGCCAAGGCCUCUUCCAAAAAGAAAGAAAGUGGUAAAUCCUCUGUCCUUAUGGAUGUCAAACCAUGGGACGAUGAAACUGAUAUGAAGAAGCUGGAGGAGGCUGUUCGUAGUGUCCAGAUGGAGGGUCUCACUUGGGGAGCAUCAAAGCUUGUGCCUGUUGGAUACGGCAUCAAGAAGAUGACUAUUAUGUUGACGAUUGUCGACGAUCUUGUGUCCGUCGACAGCCUAAUUGAGGACCACCUUACGGAAGAGCCCAUCAACGAGUACGUUCAGAGUUGCGACAUUGUCGCUUUCAACAAGAUCUAGAGUUCCAAUCACUGAGAUUGGGCAAUGGCCGGCAGCGCUUAAAAGUUUGUGCUGGGAUGCGAGACUUUAUCCCUUCUAGUUACCUUGUUAUAGAAAUGUUGGUUGGAGUUUAUUGUUGAGUGGUGCCAGAUUUUUGAAUACCUGUUUAUCUUAAAAACAGCGGAACUGCUGGGCAAUGUUCUAUGUCUAAAGUUAAUGAGUUUUCAAUGGUUCUGCAUCUAAAGUUAA